GCUUUACAGGUACGUACAGUGUACAUGUAUCUAUGCACGAUGGCGGAAGGUUUGGGCCCUGUUCCGUUGCCCAAAAACAAGUCAAAGAAUCGUAGUCUUGGAUGGUUGACGAUUAGAAGAUCGCGGUCUAAGAACAAGUACAAUCUGCAAAAUGCUGUACCUCACGCUUGCCAGCAUCCAGAUGAUCGUUCGGGGCAAGACUCGCUAGGCUACGUGGACGAAGAUGACAUCCCGAAGUUGGUUGAGAGACUUCGUAUGCUUGAGAGUGAACAGACCCCCUGUGACCCGGAGAUCGUGAUUACCACUCAGAAGCAUCUCAUCGAUGCCUUGAGACGGGAGAAUGGGGCACUUCGCCUGCUCCGGCAUCAAGUGGAACUCCUGAGGAGAGAGAACACCAAACUCAAGAAAGAGGCCGAGAAGGCCCGGCCCAAGAAACUUGCUAACGGUGCCAAGGUGAAAAAUGGGGUCCCCAAUGGGGACAUCUCAGAGACCGACAUGCUGGAGGACAAAGACGAGGACUCGGGAGACAUUGCCACGCUCAAGUUGGAGAAUGAGAGGCUGAGGAAGAGCAACGACCAGCUGCAGAACUGCCUUGACGAGCACAAGAGGCAGACUAACGAACUGACCAAUGGGGAAGCCGAUGGACACGAGGCGAGCAAUGGGAUUGCAAAGGAGGGCGGGACCAAUGGUCAGAGUGGGAGGCAGUCACCAAGGAAUGCCGGAGAGAAUGGGAAGAAGUCAAGACCAGUGCUGAUGAAGGGAAAUGAUAAUGGAGCAGGGACGAGCGGAACCAGUUUGGUCUCAGUGAACUGUCUCCGCAAGUCGGACGGCAACUUCCACGACUGUGACGAAAUCUUGGAGGAGCGCCUCAAGUCCCACAUGGCUGCCAAGGGGGUUGACCUGGUCUUUAAGGAGUGGUCCCCAGGCCGUGAUCACCAUAUGGUCACCCUGGUAUUCUGUCUGGCCUCCAACGAUGUGGCUCAGAAUAUCGCCAAGGCUCUGGAUGGCGUCAGUAGUGAUGCAGAGGUUAUUCUGGUGGUCUUCCACACAGCCAGCCAGGAGUCCACGAGGAAGGACCCGGAGACUGAGUCCUUGAACCUGUCCUCCCUCUCCAACGCCUGUCUGGUGGUGGACGUCUUCUUCAGCAAGCGAGACAGCCUCUACCGCUGCAACCAGAACAACCGAGCCAUGUCCCGGCUGUUGCACCUGUUUGAGGUUAUCUGCUAAGGCUCGAGGUCAGUGCUCCAGAAGCCGUCGGUGAGGGUCUUGGAUCUCUAACCUGUUGCUUUAUGCUGUUUGCGGGGAAAAACCGAUUCUGACCAGUUGGGUUUGUGACAGUAAAGCACCAGCAAUGUGUUUAUAUAUUUGCAUACAUUGGCUUUAAGCAUUAAUAUACAUGUACAAGCAGGCUUGAUAUUGUCAUGAACUUAUCUGUUUGUUGCAAUGCUACACAUCCUGGUGGUGAAAGCACUUAACUUUCCACUUUAGGGCACCCAUUGUUGGAGUCAAAAUGACAGAAUGAUGAUGAAGGGCACCCACAAUGCACAUAGAUCAAAAGCAUUCUGUAAAUAGCGCCCCCAUGCAUAGAGUGGAUGACACUUGUUUUGCCCACUUGUCCAUCCCAACUCAUCACCAGAGGUCAGUUGGAUGGCUGAACAAAAUGGCACUAAGUACUGUAUAUUUCCCAGAGUAAGCCAUUGCUGCAUUUGUAUUUAAACAAAGUAUUCGGCACAGUUGGCGUGACAAUUCCUGCACUUGCCUCAUGUUGGUGCCUCUGGGAUGUAAGAAUGCCAUGCUUUAACAUGCAUGUUUACUUGUACAUGUACAGAUGGUUUAGCAUGUGCACAAUUCGGGGGCACAGCACACACUGCUGAUUCCUCUCAGAAUGGCCUGUUGUCUUGUGGGGCACACUGGCUGCCAAGUUAAACCAUUUACCUCAUCGGCCUCUCUAUUUGCCAGCAGGGGAGAGGGUGUUGGGUACAGAGCAGAUGUGCUUCUCCGGUGAGAACAUUUUGUGUGCCUACACGCGUAUGUACAUGUACUUAUAGUUAUGGUGGGGAAGCUGGUCUCCUCAAACUCAUGCAUCAAAGCUUCAGUCUCCAUGCUAGUGCACAUGUUGGAGGCUCCGCACAGAUUUCUUUUCUGUGAUAGUCAGUUCCACUUUGAACAGUCCAGUGUUGAUCUGUUGUAAGAGAGGAGUACUGAUCUUGUUAUAGCUGACUUCACAUUGCAAGACAUUAAUCAGUAUUCACCAUGUUUUCUUGUUUUCCUACGAAUAGUGCUGCUUUUCUAUUUUAUACAUUUACAUACUAGUAUCUAUGCUCAUGUACUCAGUAGCAAAAGAAUGACUACUUUUCUGAACCAGUACAAUUUCUUACCUGUAGUCAAAGUAAAGAGUAUUUUUCAAGCUCUUGGUUUGAGAAGAUGUGUAAAUAUUGUUACCUUUAAUACAUGCAAGUAGUCAAGUUGCUAAUAAGACAAUUAUGAAUAUGUAUACAACAGUGUAUAAAGAGUGAAUAGAUUUCCAAGUGUUAUGGCAGUUGCUGGUUGCACCACAGAUUCAAAAUUAUCCUUUUGACAACAAAAUAUGCCAUAGAGCUAUAUUUAAUUACUAGAGUGCUAACCUCUCAUUCGCCACGUGAAUAAAAUUUGGGGCUGUCCUGGGCGCAGACAUUUUGAAUCCAUGUGCAUACUUGUAGAAUAGUCGAAAUCAGAUAGGAUGAAUAUCGAAUUAUGUACAAUGCGGAUGCAAUGGGCAUCAGCAAAAUUAUCUGCAGCGCAUACACGCACGCGUUUGCCUUGUUUAUACAGAGCAAAAUGAAACACUCAUUUACUGAUUGUGUGGUUAUUUGCAGAUUAGCUUUGAUGUAUCGUUGUAGAAUACAGAAGCAGAUAUGUAAAUAAGGCUUACAAAAGCCAUGAAAAAUUCCAAGUUUUCCAUAGGUUUGUGUACAAACAUGGAUGAGCCAUCGCUCUAGUUUUAUUUAUAGCUCUGUGGUUACAGCAUUAUUGGUGGAUAUCACUUUUAAACAGAUUUUUAAGAAUCAACCCUUGUUGUUUAUAUCGUGCAACUCACAUCAAUCGUUGCUUGUAGGAAAAUUCAAUGAGGUUCUUUCAUAGACAUGCUGGCCAAUUACAUAUUAAUGACACUCUCCGAUCACAUUUCAUCUGCCACCUUGGCUGGCAUUAGCUCGUCUGUAUGACUUGCAGUAAAUGAAAGCCCAUAAAGCAAGGGUGAAAUUGAGGAAAAUGGGUUCGAGAGGAGGAACUGACGAACUGUGACAGUUAUACAAUAUGCAUGUAUGUCUCCUGAUGCAGGUCGACACAUAAAGAGUAUGUGCUUCCACUUAGUUUCACAUACAAAGGCAACUCAUUGCUUAGUGCCUGGGUCUUGGUAGAGACCGACCGCACUCUCUAAAUCAUGUGACCUCCAGUGGGUAUCAUUUCCAUAGCAAAGUGUGUUUUGAGUGGUUUUUUUUACAAAAAAUAUUGAGUGUUUUUACAAACAAUAAAGCCGAUUUACGGUAUAGUACCCUGCUCAUCAGUUAGUCCGAGUACCGUCCUACCGUCGGCUUCAGUGUUGGUAAAUGAUACUUAUGAAACACUUUGCUUGUGGUAGAUGCUGUGUUAGAUGCUAUUAAAUACCCACAUUAGGUCACUUGACUUACCGGGCGCAAUCAGCCUACCUGUAUUUGUGUUUGUUUUCCUGGUUGUAUUGGGAAAAAAACACGGGCCCUGAGGUUGUGUGCCAAAAUAUUCGAGUGCACAUUGCGUGAAAUAAUGUUACUGUAAAUAAAACCAGUUCAAUGUAAAAUACCAGUGUUUCGUUUUGUACCUAACACUGCUCAUUUAAUGUUUUAAACUAAGAAAAUUGCUUGAAGGUUGAAAUGUUGCCAAACUGCAGUUCAUAAUGAACUUUUCUUUUACUCUUAUCUGAGGUUUUUUUAUUUGUUCAACUCUAAUUUUCACUAUUUUUCAUUAUGACACUUUGAAAGACUUUGUCUCCAUGUUUUCAAAGAUUUUUUAGUUACAUGAAUGCUUUAUGCUUUUAAUCUACUGUAGGGUGUUAAGGGACAAACUGAAACUAUAUUUAUCGAUUAUCCUACUUUAUUUUUCAGUGCAUUUUAAUCGUCCUUGCUAGUUUGUCUGAAUAUUUUUUCGUAUUGUAUUCAGUUCAUUUCCCCAUCAAAAGGCAGUUUUAUGAAGCUUCUUUGGUGUUUUCUUUUACAAGUUGGUGUCUGGCUGUGGCUGACGUGUAACAAUUCAUCAUGACAUAUGUAAAAAAUAUUUCUCUCUCUUCUGGUCUUUGAAGAGUUUUAUAGCAAAGAAGCACAAAUGACCGACGGUACAUUAUGGUUUAGUAGUUAUUUUUGUACCUUCAAUCAGUCUGGACCGUGACAGUCUAGUUAUUCCCUGUGAAAUGCUUUGCUGUAAGAAGGAAAUACUUGUUUUGCAUCGUUACCAUACAAAUGAACAAUGGAGGUUGUAGAUUAAAUCCGUGAUAAAUAAGCAUAUUGAAA